GGGAUCGCCGGGUGUUGUUCAAUCCAGCUCGCCGUCGCAUUUGGUCGGUUGUAGAUCACGGGCAUUUGCACGCUCCCUUUGUGUCCACGCUUUUCUCUCUUGGAGCUUUUUAGACAAUUCGCGAUGAAGGUGCUGCUACUCUGCGGACUCAUCCUGGCCGGAGCAUUUCUUGCUGAGGCUGCCGGUGGUAGGGAGCUGUGCGGAAAGAGCAAUGACGAAAUCAAGGCAGUGCUGAAGUGCAUGGGAGAGCAUGUUCCUGCAGAGCUCAAAGGAAAGGCGGCUGCAAUCAUCAGCAGCAAAGGAGACAACCUGGCCGAGCUAGUUAAGAAGCAGUGCGACGCUGACAUUGACUUCGUCGAGUUGCUGGAAACUGUGUUCUCAGGCGAAGAGGCGGAAGCCAUCAAGAAGGCCUACAGAGAGUGCAAGCCGAGCCGGCGAUGAGGUUAUUUUGACUGGCAACGAGCCCCGCAAUGCACCCUUCUAGAAAUUACCAAGAAUGUUUUUGUACACGCUGGCAGUGUAACAACACAAUAAAGACGUUCCAG